AUGGAAACCGUGGACAGCAUCAAUGAUCGAUGCAACUAUACGAGACCGGUGCCGAACAACACGUGGGAAAACGACGUGGUGGACCCGCAUUACUCGCACUUUCUGUACAUCACGUUCACGCCGGUGCUGAUAUCGCUGUGCGUGUUCUCGAUAAUAUUCAACGUGAUCCUGCUGCUGUCGGUGUUGUGGAUCCGGCGGCCGCUGUCGCCGACCCUGUACAUCAGCCUCAGCCUGGCCGGCACCGAUCUGUACACGUCGUUCCUGCUGGGCCUCAGCUUCACCGUCAACAGCCUGCUGCCCGAGGGCUUCCAGGUGUACCUGAUGGACACGUGCACCAGCCUGGGCCUGGAGGCGCUCCGGCUCGGGGCAAUAGUCACCACCGCGGGCCAUCUCAUCGUGUUGGCGUUCAACCACUACAUCGGCAUCCUGCGGCCGCUCCACUACCCGGCCACCGUAACGCACGGCACCGUCACCGUGUUCGUGUUCUUCCUGUGGACGCUACCGCCUUCGUUCCUGUUCGCCUACUUCAACAUGAUACCCUGCCAGGCGUUCCAAUCGCCGCAGUGUCAGCUAUACGAUUUUUUAAAAGAAUCGAAAUUCAGAAGUACAUUUUCGGCUGUACUUUUUGCUGCUCUCGCCAUUAUGGGAAUAGUAUACUAUCAUAUAUUUAUAUUGGUGAAAAAACAUCAAGCUUCUCGCCUCCUGUACAAACAGAGUGGCAGUGUGCAUUUCAAUAAACCAAAUCAAGUACGUAGACAAACGGAAUCGCAACAGAGUAAAAACGAAAAGGCGCUAUACACGACGUUACUAAUUGUCGGAAGUGUUGUGGUUGGAUGGAUGCCAGCAUGUUUACAAUACUACCUGAUAUGUACUGAUUGUAUAAUUCAACCAAAUUGGGCUAGUUUCACUGUGAGGUUUUAUACAUACUUUGCAACUAAUUGUCUUGUAAUUCUUAAAUCAGCAGUAAACUCAUAUAUUUACGCAGCAAGAAUGCAAGAAAUUCAGGUAGCAAUACGUAAAAUGUACUGUACUUUGAAACAAAAACUAUGUGGUGGCAACGAUGAAAUGGAUGUUGCUGGAUUUGAUCAAUACAAAUAUAGUAGAUCAUCAGCAAAAAACAGAAGAACAGUCAUAUGCAGGAUAUCAGUUCAUCAAAAUAAAGAUGAAAACUUAACAGAAAUCAACCAGGAUAAUAUUAAUAAUGACUAUGAAUUAACAAACUUUAGUAGUUGUCCUAAAAAAAAUGAAACGCCUAACACAGUGACAUACCUUUAA